AUGGAACUGUCCAAGGAUGGGUAUCGAAUGUCUUACGUCCCGCUUAACGGCGAUGGAGCUGGGUAUUCGGGCUCAAGCCGACCGCGACCCUUAUCAUCUGCAGAGCAAGUUUUCUUACAAUCUCAAACACGGGGUUUCUGGGGUGCGAGUUGGACCCUGGAAAUUCUUAGUUGUCUCACAUCUAUAGCAUUUUUUGUUGCGAUAAUUGUGGUUCUUUCUCACUUUGAUGGGCGACCAAUGCCCGACUGGCCCUAUGGUAUCACCCUCAAUGCCUUGGUGUCGGUAUUCAGUACAGUGAUGAAGGCAACCAUGGCAUUUAUUCUCACUGAAUCAUUGGCCCAGCUAAAGUGGUCAUGGUUUCGGGGAGGAAACAAGCUCAGUGACCUUGCUCUUCUGGAUGCUGCUAGUCGUGGAGCUGCGGGUGCUUUUGUAGUGCUAUUUCGCUUCUUGCCUCGUCACCUUGUCACGUUUGGAUGUUUCGUUUUGGUUGUGGCUGCUGCCACCGAUCCUUUCGUUCAGCAGGUGAUGACUAUCAAAAUACGACCAGUUCACGCGUCAGGGCGAUCCUCCAUUCAAGUCUGCAACGCCAGUCUCUAUACGGAUUAUGGAGAAGGUGCCGGACCUGGUAUGAACAAAGUCCCUCUCGGCACCACUGGUGCCAUCUAUUCUGGUAUCUUCCAAAACCAGAGUCCGAACAGUAAAAGUGUCACGAUGAGCUGCUCAACGGGUAAUUGUACAUUCGCGCCCUAUCAAUCCCUUGGAUUCUGCUCUCGCUGUGCCAACAUAACGGACUCUAUCAAACUCUCAAAGUCGUCCUCCAGCAUGACGGGAACAUAUAAUUACAAACUACCCAAUGGUUUAGAGUUCAACACAAUGUCCGGUAUGCCGUACCUAAUGAACUCCACUACCGGGCUAGACCUUCUCAAAUUGAACACCGACAACAUGGCACUCAUUCUCAACUUUACUGCAAUUUCUUCCCCGGGAAUCGGCAUCCCACCAGCGCCCAGUGCGACAGAGUGCGCUUUAUUCUUUUGUGUUGACACCUACGAAGCAGCCGUGCGAGAUGGGUCAUAUUCUGAAACACGCACUGCCAUCGCGGCUUCGUCGAAUGUCUCGUCACAGAGCUCAAUAUCCCAAGAUUUCGCCCUGACGCCAGAGACUUGCUAUUUCAACGGCACAACUUACCAGAAACCACACAAACACCCAGAAUACUGCACCUACAAUGUCAAUUGGCUAAGCCGCGUCGCCAUGGCCAACUCUGUGGGGCCGUUGUUGAAAGGUUAUGGCUCUCUCUUUGGAGGCUACCGGCCGGACUGGUCCUCUGAUUCCAUCGAGGCCGCCUACGGUGUCGAGGGCAACUAUAACGAUAUCGCUUCUAUGUUCAGUUCCCUCGCUUCUUCACUGACUGUCAAUGCGCGUUCAAAGAUCUGUGACGCAACUGUCAACGGAACGGCGUGGACGGUCGUUUCCUUCGUACACGUGCGUUGGCUGUGGCUGAUUCUUCCCGCUGCACUCGUAGCCCUUAGUGGGGUCUUUCUGGUUAUUACCAUCCUACACACGCAAAACCAAUAUAUCUGGAAAUCGUCACCGCUGGCACUGCUGUUCUCUGAUUUGGCUAUUGAUGAUCCGAUGCCCAUGCGAUCGGAUCCGACUUUGAAAGGGAUGGAGGAUACAUCGAGGAGGAUGGAGGUCUUGUUGGAGACAUCUCAUGAGGGUGUGAAGCUAAAAGCAAUUCCGAGGUCAUGA